UAUUUCCGGAGGUGGUAAAAUUUGAUUAAGAGAAUUUAAGGACGAACAAGUACUUUCAUUAGUAGUAAACUACCGCCGAACAACUUUACUUGCUUUGAAUGUCCUUUGCCUUGUUCGUCUCUAGGCCAAAUUAUUUCACUGUAUGUUUCCUUUUUCUUCAACGCACAUUUAUAAAUACACAGAUUUAUAAAUAAACAGAUUCAAAUUCAUCCAUUGUGCACUUCUGCUAGAUUGCCGCUACCAUGUACUACCCUAAUUACGAUCCCAGAUACUCUGAUUCCGCCUCAUACCGUCAACGCAGAAGUGAUCUAGUGGGACCACCACAUAGUAAUGUUCCUCCUCAUGUAGCCGGUGUACCUGCAUUGAGUUAUGGCCGUGCUGCCCCGACUCCCUAUGGAGGUCCUUUGGUGGUUCCAGCUCGUUCUGCAGCUGGUGCUAGGGUUGUGGGGGAUGUAGCUGGAUCUAUACCUGCUGCUGGCGGUCAUCCCUGGCACCCUUAUUCCCAUACUGGUAUUAGCAGACAGGUCGGUGAUGGGAUCAGAGAUGGAGAAGGUGCUGGUUUGGGAUUUUCUCUGAAUAAUAGAGGGGGUCGAGCUGGUGGGAGGGGUUUUGUUGGAGGACGUGGUGGGCAAGGAGGUGGGAGAUCUGGAUUUGUUGGAGGACGCAGUGGCAGUGGUGGGCGCGGAGGUGGGAGAUCUGGAUAUGCUGGAGGACGCAGUGGUAGUGGUGGGAUAGGAGGCAGGCAUGGACCACAUAGUCGGCAGCGAGAUGAUUUGGAUAACCUUUCUCUCCCUAAACAAGAUUUUAGAAACUUGGUGCCCUUUGAAAAGAACUUCUACAGAGAGAGCCCCUCGGUGAUGGCAAUGACUGAGCAAGAGGUUGCAAUGUAUCGGGCAAGGCUUGAGAUUACCGUUCAAGGCCAUGAUAUUCCAAGGCCGAUUCGAAUGUUCCAUGAGGCAAACUUUCCUGCAUAUUGCCUUGAAGUUAUUUCAAGAUUGGGAUUUGUCGAGCCAACUCCCAUACAAUCACAAGGCUGGCCAAUGGCCUUAAAGGGAAGAGAUCUGAUAGGAAUUGCAGAAACAGGUUCUGGGAAAACUUUGGCAUAUUUACUGCCUGCUUUUGUUCACAUUAGCGCACAGCCACAGUUGGUGCAAGGUGAUGGUCCCAUUGUGCUAGUGUUAGCACCUACAAGAGAAUUAGCUGUUCAAAUUCAAGAAGAAGCUGUUAAAUUUGGGUCACAUCAAAAUAUAAGAAGCACAUGUAUUUAUGGAGGGGCCCCAAAGGGACCCCAAGUACGUGAUCUUAAAAGAGGAGUCGAAAUUGUGAUUGCCACUCCUGGUCGGCUGAUAGACAUGCUAGACGCUCGGCAUACAAACUUGAAAAGGGUGACUUAUCUUGUUUUGGAUGAGGCUGAUCGAAUGUUGGAUAUGGGGUUUGAGCCUCAAAUUAGGAAAAUUGUUGACCAGAUUCGACCUGACAGACAAACAUUGUAUUGGAGCGCAACAUGGCCAAAGGAGGUUGAACGUUUAGCAAAGCAGUUUCUACAUAAUCCAUUAAAGGUGGUCAUUGGGUCCCCAGUUUUGAAAGCUAAUCAAUCUAUAAGGCAAAUUGUUGAAGUUGUUACAGAUUUGGAGAAGUACAACAGGUUGAGUGGACUUUUGAAAGAAGUAAUGGAUGGAAGCAGAAUCCUGAUAUUUGUGGGGACAAAGAAAGGAUGUGAUCAGAUCACAAGGCAACUAAGAAUGGAUGGAUGGCCUGCUCUAUCCAUCCAUGGUGAUAAAAACCAGGAUGAAAGGGACUGGGUUCUGGCCGAGUUCAAAAGUGGCAGAAGUCCUAUUAUGAUUGCCACUGAUGUUGCUGCGCGUGGUCUUGAUUCUAGAGAACAUGCUUGCGGGUAAUGCUGCCAAUCCACAGUUUACAAGCUCAUUGUCAUGACAGCCGGUUGACUCACAACAUUAUUUAGGGAUUCAUUAUUUCAUUUUCAGAGUUGUGAUGGUGGAGCUGCUCCUUAUCCCUGCAAGGUUAAGAUGUGAAGGACAUAAAAUUUGUUAUCAAUUAUGAUUUCCCUACAAGCCUUGAGGAUUAUGUUCAUAGGAUAGGAAGAACUGGUCGUGCUGGUGCCAAAGGAACUGCAUUCACAUUUUUUACCCAUGGGAAUGCAAAGUUCACCAAAGAGCUUGUUAACAUUCUUCAACAAGCAGAGCAAAUUGUUCCUCCUCAGUUGGCUGCAUUGGCACAUUCAGGUGGUCACAGCUUUGGAGCUUCAGGAAGAGGGCGAGGCGGCUUUGGAAACCGAUCAGGAUCUAAUACGAUUCCACUCGGUGCAAAAAAACGGUGGUAGUUUUAUACUGGGCCAGGUGGGCCCUAGACAUGUUAUGUUCAAUUUAGGGAUAACUUGUGUACUAUAGACUAUAGUUAGUGGGUUACCUUUUCUUGAUGGGUUACCUGACAUUAAUUAUCGUACUCAAAGCUGUAUUAUGUAUUUUACUAAUCUUUCAUGUUUAUCUACAAUUACUAUCUUUAGUCUUGAAAGCAUCCAGAUUCCUUGUCUUGAUAUGAACCAUGAACGGCCUUUUCGUUCAUGUUUUAUAUUUUAAAAGACCAUUCCUC